CAUUUACAUCCCUCAGUAUCACAAUUGGUUAGUGGAUUCAUCAAAUACUUAAAAGAACCAAGAUAUCAAUCUCCAUUAACUUUGUCCGAACUAUCCCGAUUAUUUCAAAGCUUUUAUCAGGAUUUAAAUUCAUUAAUCAUUAAUAUUUACACUCAAUCUAAUUCAAAUAAACGAAAUUUAUUAUCAAAUUCCCAAUAUUUUGGAGAGAAUCCUAAAGAUUUUGAUUAUUUACUAGCAAUUGCUAAUUACUCAUCCUCAUCAAUUAAAUUAUCGAAAAGAAGUGAUCCAGAAGCAAAUCUUCAAUUAAGAGUAUUCAAUUUUUACAAAUUCUUAAUCAUUUUUGAAUCAAUUGAAAGAGCACAGUUUGAUUUAUUCAACUCUUGUAAUAAUCCUAGUGAUGAUCAUGAAAUUAUAUUAUAUAAUAAAAUUUUCAAAUUUGAUGAAAAAGAUAUAGCAAUUCAAUCAAUUUUAGAUGAGAAAUUAAGUUUAUUGAAAAAUCUAAACUUACCCUUUACUAGUUUAAGUGAAGGUAACGAUGAAUCAAUUGACAAAUUGAAUGAGUUUUUCAAAAAAUUAUCUCCUUCUUCGUCAAUCUUAUCAAAGAUUACUAAGAAAUUUAAUCAAUUAAAUGAUCAAAUCACACCCUUUGCUAAAUUGAAAUGUAUUGUUAAGAUUCAAAAAUACCUUAUUAUACUAUUAUCAGAAAUUUAUGAUAAUGACUUAUCCAAAAUCAAUAACGAUAUUUUAUUACCUUCUUUGAUCUAUAUCAUCAUCCAUUAUUCAAAUUCAAAUAAUCUUUAUCUUAAUUUCACUUUUAUUCAAAAUUUUAUCAACUUGAUUGAUCCUUAUAAAGUUGAUGCAUCAAUUUUCACCUUGAACUCUUCAUUUUCUUCCUAUAAACCCAAUAAUUAUCGUUUUAAAAAGCCUUCUCCUUCAAAUACUUCUUUAAACCAAUCAAGUAAUCAAGCUUCCAAAAAAUUAUCUAAUAAUCUAUAUCAGUUGUUGAAUCUUAAUGAAUCAAGUGAUUUUAACCAAGAAGAAGAAGAUCGUGGAAUUGAUUUCUUUAAUAAUGAUAAAGACUUGAUCAAUUACAUUCAAGCAAACUAUUUAAAUAACGGGGAGUUGUAUUAUUACCUAACUAAUUUCGAAGCAAUCUUGUUUUUCUUACAAAAUGUUACAAUCGAUGAAUUACCUGACAUUGAUUCAAAUGAGGAGAUUUUGAUUAAACCAAUUCAUAAAUUGGUGGAAGACGAAAUUGUGACUGAUCAGCCAAAGUCAGUCAAAUCUUCAGAUGAUUUGAAAAAAGUCAUGAUGGAAGAAUUUGAUGAAACCAGAUCGAGGUCUUCUUCCUUGUUGAAUACUAUAAGUACUAAAUUUAAUGAUGCGACCAGCUUUUCAACAAAUCGUUCAAGAUCAAAUUCUGCAUCCAUCUUUAAUAAUAAAAAUGGUAGUAAAGAAGUUUUCCCUUCAACUGGUUAUGAAAAUAAUAACACCAACAAUAACUUUGAAAAUUCAAUAAUGGCCUCGCCUAUACUAUCAAAUGAUUCUAAUACUGAUGAAAACUCAAGUUUAACAGUUAUGAAAAAUAUUUUAAAUCGCUUUAGUUCAGUUAGUGUGCUGCAAUUCAGACCAACCAUUGACGGUGCUUUGAAUGAUUUGAAUUCCAAUGAAUCUAACCAUAGAAGAUCUAGUUCCUUGAUUAAUAAAUUAUCACCAAAUCAUUCGAGAACUAGAUCGUCUUCUUUAGAACAAAUGAUUUCAAAUAAUCCUCUAUUCAAUGCAACUUCAACAUCAUCUGCAUCCAAUCCCACUUCUGGUAGAAAUAAUUCAACUUCAAGUACCAAUAGUACUACCAAUGAUAAAAGAAAUUCAAUAACUUCAAAAUUUACUUCUGGAGUAUCUGAAUUCAUGACUAAAUUAAAUUCUCCAGUAACUCAAAAUCCUCCUAAUAUCAUCCAUACUAAUCCAAAAGGUCACAAAUCUUCUUCUUCUUUACAUUCUUUACCGGAAAAUGAUGAUAAUGAUAAUCAAUCAAUUGGUAGCUCAACCAUUAUUCAAAAACGCCCAGAAUAUAAUCAUAGAAAUCGUACCUCAAGCUUACAAAUCAUGGAUAAAUGGUUUAAUAAUCUAUCUACUAACACAACUUCUAAUUCCCCUAAUAAAAACGAGAAAUUGAAAACUUCCACUGAUUCUCCAAAUGCUACCGUGGUCGAUAACACCGAUGGUAUGGCUGACAGUGAAUCUAACGAAGUCUCGUUAUUUUCAAAUUCUUACCGUGAAUUAACAAAGUACCAAAAUAUCGAUUUCGAUUCUUUGACAAUUUCUGAUUUAAGAAAUUUGAAAAAUUAUUACGAUCAAUUAUGUAACGACCUUAAUGUCAAUAAGUUGGAACUGAAGACCAGCGACGAAGAUAAUGACGAA